CCCUUGGUGAAGCAGGCAGCUGUUAUGUGUUGAACUGGCGCGCAGUGUGUAAAGGAAAGACAAAAAUCUCAUAGUGUAUGCGUGAAAGAGAGAAAUAUAAGUUUCAUAUACGAAGUUUACCGAAGCAUAAUUCAACACUGCAUUCAGCACUUUGCUCCGUUAGUCUGGAAGAAAACUUUGCCUCGUGUGGAAAUAGUGCGUUGGCUCGGAUUAGUAGCGUUUUUUUUUAUAAAAUUAGCCAUUAUUUUUAUUAUACAGUAAGCAAUUGCUUCAUAUUAAAUAAAAUAAAACAAUCGGGAAGAAUAACGUUUUUCGACAAAAAAUCUUGUCUAAGAAAGAAACAUGAUUUAGUUUAAGUUAGCAUUGUGAUGUUAAUGCGCUUGUGCUCUUGUCGGAUCUAUAGUGAAGCCGGCGAGUGAAGCAACAGGCCGUGGGAAUAAAGUGUAGGAUUACUUUACUUCUGCUGUACAGUAUAAUCGAUGGUUGAAGCCUAAUUCACGAACACUGGAUGUUUUAUCAAAGGUUGUGCUGUACUCGAGUAUCCAAAGUACAACUUCAAAGCCAUGAGCGGAUUAGCGAGUGAAGUGUGAGUGUGUGCCACCUAAUGUAACAACAAAUGCAAUGUUACGGGAAUAAGAUGAAAUUUUUAGAAAUAUGUGUAAUGUAGUGACAGUGCAGAAUUGCAAAUGAGUGUUUUAAUAUCUCACCAUAGAUUUUAAUUAAUGUACCGAGAUAGCCAUCAUCACACUGGAGUAACGGUUGCUAUCUCAUCAUACGACAAGUUUUACCUGCUCGUGGCAAAGGUCUGAAACACAAUCAACCAACGGAGGUUAAAACGUAUUCCGCACAAUGCAUAGGAUUGACCUUUACUGUUUUCUGUGCUUAACUUCAAUGUUUCUAAUAAAACAGAUCGAAUGCUCCGGACUGUUUGAGCUCAAGUUGAAAUACUUCAGUAAUGAACGAGGAGUUGAUAACGACGGUACUUGUUGUUCUGGGCAAUCUGAUUUGAAUGGUGUCUGUAUCGGAACGUGCAAAACCCGAUUUCGGGCCUGUUUGAAACAUUACCAGGCGAAAAUUGAUACCUCGUCACCAUGCACGUUUGGAGACUUCACCACCCCGAUGUUUGAAGGAAAUUCGCUCAAUCUGACAGAGAAAGUAAUGCAAGAAGGGUUCGAAAAUCCAAUACGUUUUCCAUUUGAGUUUGGGUGGCCGGGAACUUUUACUUUAAUUCUAGAGGCAUGGCUUGAUACAAAUGCAACCACAACAAGAUCCCCUGGUGUUUUAAUUUCACGACUUUCAAUUCAACGAGUAUUGGACGUUUCAGCGGAGUGGACCGAGGACAGUUACAAUUCAUCGCACACGGUUAUGCAGUACGCAUUUCGAGUUACAUGUGACGCGUCUUACUACGGUGUGGGAUGUGCCAAUCUUUGCCGAAAGCGCGAUGAUCAGUUUGGUCAUUACACGUGCUCACCAACUGGUGAGCGUGUAUGUCUUUCCGGGUGGCAGGGAGAUUAUUGCACCACUGCUCGUUGCACUCCUGGAUGUGAUGAACAACACGGACACUGUAGCAAGCCAAACGAAUGCAUAUGUCAAUCCGGCUGGAAAGGAGUUCUGUGUGAUGAGUGUGAGCCGUAUCCUGGUUGUAUGCAUGGAACUUGCAAAAAACCUUGGGAGUGCCUCUGCAACGAAGGAUGGGGAGGUUUAUUUUGCAACCAGGACUUGAACUUUUGUACGAACCACAAACCGUGCCAAAAUGGUGGCACCUGUUUCAAUACCGGUCAGGGUUCAUACACAUGUCAAUGCCCUCCAGGUUACACGGGAACUGAUUGUGAAGUUCGGAUCAGUGAUUGUGCAGCAACUCCUUGCCUGAACGGAGGUGUGUGUCAUGACCAGAAACCUAAUGGUGGUUACAGAUGCGAUUGCCCCAAAGGUUGGAUUGGGGCACACUGUGAAAAGGAUACAAUAACAUGUGCGGAGAAACCAUGCAUGCAUGGAAUUUGCAGGGAUACCAAUAUAGGGUUUAAAUGUGAAUGCCCAGUAAGUUAUAAUGGAACCACCUGCGAAAUACAUGUCGACGAAUGCAAUCCGAAUCCUUGUGAAAACGGGGGUUUAUGCUCCAAUAAAGGCGACACAUUUAAAUGUCAAUGUUCCAGUGGAUACAAUGGUAUACGGUGUGAAAUAAAUAUCGACGACUGUCUAGGUAUUCCUUGUCUCAACGGAGGAUCGUGUGUGGACAUGAUAAAUCAAUUUCGAUGUCAAUGCGUUCCAGGUUUUAUUGGUUCGCUAUGUGAAAACAAAGUAGAUCUAUGCUUAACAAAGCCUUGCGCAAAUGGAGGAACAUGUACAAACUUGAAUAAUGACUACAGUUGCAGGUGUCGGGCAGGUUUUACCGGUAAAGAUUGUAGUGUUGACGUGGAUGAGUGCAGUUCAUCGCCAUGCAAAAAUGGUGGCACAUGCGUUAAUAGAGUUAAUAGUUUUCAAUGCGUUUGUGCGGGUGGAUUCCGUGGGGCAACCUGUGAAGAAGAAGCCCUGUCGGCCAACUGGGACUCAGCAGCUGGAAGCAUAUCAGCACAUAUUGCCAGUGUACAUCAUGAAGCACAAAGCGGAAGAAGUGACGGGCUCAGUAGUAGUCAGAUUGUGUUGAUUGCUAUUUUUUCCGUGGCUACGCCUUUGGCCGCGUUCAUAGCGACUGCUGUCGUGAUUUGUAUGAAACGUAAACGGCGCAGGGAGCAGGAAAAAGACGAUGCUGAAGCACGCAAACAAAAUGAACAAAACGCCUCACAUAUGACGCAUCACCAUCAAAACUCGAUGUCAUCGAAAAGAAGCAGCAAUAGCGCCCUUACUAAUCUCGAUACAUCCCAUCAUAUGAUUAAAAAUACAUGGGACAAAAGUGUGAAUAAUAUGGCUACUUCAGCGAGCUUGGACGAGGGUUGCCUGAUGAACAGCAAUUUAUAUAGUGGUAUUACCGGUGCGUUUGGAGAGACAAAUUCAAGCAGUAGUGAACAGUGUUAUCAUGCGACAGCUAUUCCGACUACUUUACAACGUGCCAGAUCACAGAAGCAACUAAAUACCGAUCCGAUGGUGAUACAUCGUACGUCUCAGAUGAUUGUGGGACAGUCGUCACAAUUGCCAUCAGUCGGACCUAUAGGAGUUCCUGCUUCUUCUACCUCAUCGACUGCUCCUGCGGCCAGUACCAAAGAGACGUUAUUAGAAAAACGAAUAUCGGUACUUUCCGAUGCUAGUUUAUGUAACACUCGGUGGAGUACAGGCCUGCAAUCCCGACAAACUGUUGGCCCGUGCAGUCCACCGCACAUUUAGGAUCUUAUAGGAUUUUUAAAUUAUUUUCAGUUUUUCUAAAGAGAUCUCUUUCGUUUAGUGCAAACGAAUACGUUUCAACUUUAAUUUAAUAAGUAUGAUAAUCAAAAAAAAAAUAUAAAUGGCGGCAGGUUGAAAUGUAAAAUCAUAAUUUCAAUAAUUUCGUUGAUAUUCUUAGCUGAACAAAAAUUGAACAGCGGAGUAAAAAUCGUAAGUCAAGAAUUUUAGAGCGUCAUACAAAUAGACGAACAGGGUUUUUGAUAUAUUGUGCAUUGUAAAUUUUUAGGUUCAUGAUCGGAGUACGUCUAACUCAAAAUUUUUUAAAUGAGCCGCUUGCUUCGAUUUCGCUUAGGCAUAGAUCUCGAUUAUAUGCUUUUAGUUUUCUUUUUUACAAA